GAGCAGUCCAGAUUAUCAUCUUAGAGGAAACGUCUCAGAUCACGUUCAGACACGCUAACCGCACUUGGUUUUAUUUGUCUGCAGCUGGAGUAUAUGGACCUUUAAGGGAAAGAAGAAACUGUGAAAAAAUAAGGAAGUGAUACUUUUUAUUGCUCUUGUGACUCUUGUGCUCUUAAUCUUCAGACUAGGAAAACUUUCAACAAAAAGUAUGGGUGGAAAAAGUGUCCCGCUUCGCAAACAUCCUGCAUGUUUUCUAGUUUUGCUCUUCUGCAUUCACGUCAUCCCAUCUGAUGGAUUUUCAUUUAACAACUGCACAAUCCCAUACCCCUUUAAAUACUCUAGUACUCCUAAGGUGUUGUGCAAUAGGAUGGGCUACAGACACGUUCCUAUACCCCUCCCCAACAACACCAUCCUUCUGGAUCUCUCUUUCAAUUCCAUCACCAGCAUCCUUCAAGGCGAUUUCAUCUCCCUGUCAAAUCUGAUCAACCUAAAUCUAUCUGACAACAGGAUAUCUGAAAUACAAGGCAACGCGUUCAGUAGCUUGAGAAAUUUGGAGGAGCUUAACCUCUCAUAUAACAAAUUAAAAACUGUAACAGUAGAUAUGCUUACUGGUCUCAUCAAUCUCUCUCGAUUAAGUCUCGACUCAAAUUCUAUUGAGACGAUAGAGAAUCGGUCUUUUGUAUCUCUUUUCAAUUUGAGAUUUGUAAAUUUAACUAAAAACAGGUUAGGUCACAUUUCCAGACUCGACACUGUGUUUCGAGCACCUUUGUUGGAGGAACUAUAUUUGGAACUCAACAACUUUACGGUUUUCAACUCGAGUGAUGUCCCAUCAACACUCCAUGCUUUGAAAAAGUUAGAUUUAUCUCAGAAUCCAUUGAGGAUGAUUAAGAUAACGGAAAACAUCUUUCCUAGCCUUGAGACCAUGAACUUGUCGAACUGUUUCUACCAAGGAUCUUUGGAGUGGGUCGUUUCAGACAAAGCAUUUCUUAACACCGUCAAGACUCUUAAUUUAAGCAAAAAUUAUAUUUCGCAGGAACAACUGGGUGGUAUAAUGCAGAGUUUCUCCUCUGUUACCUGGAUUGGAUUAGAUCAUCUGAAGGGCUCGAAAGUACGGCAAACUUUGCAGGAGGCUUGUUCUCCGCAACUGAGAGGUCUUCACUUUGAAGAAAACAGUUUGUCGGUACUAACUAAUGACAUAUUUAAACCAUGUGCUUUCCUGAAUUUGUUACAUAUAAGAAACAAUAAAAUAUCAACAAUGUACAGAUCAUCUUUUGAAGGUUUACAAAACCUGACAGUGUUACACCUUCAAAAAAACAGACUGACGCAACUAAACCAAACUCUUCAACACCUUCCCAAGUUACAGAUACUCGAUCUUCAUCUAAACUACUUUGACAACACUCAACCAGUCAAAUGUUCUGAUUUUGCAAAUCUAACACAAUUACGGGUACUGUACCUGUAUCAGAACAGAAUUGAGAGGAUCAAGGCAUGUCUAUUUAAGGAUUUAAAAAAUCUAGAUGAGCUUGCUUUGAACAAUAACUGGUUGACAACAGUCGAUAAGGUCUUUACGUUUGGCCCCCGAAAUCUAAGGUACCUGGAUUUGAAGAAAAACAAGUUAAGUUCUAUUGAAAACAACGCAUUCAAAGCAUUACGCUCCCUUCUGGUCUUAAACCUCGCAGAUAAUCAAAUAUUACACAUUGAACCACUUGGUUUCGCAGGAAUGAUGAACUUAGUAGAGCUUCAACUUUCAUCAAACAGAAUCAUGAGAAAAACAUUCAUCUUCUCGAUCUUUUCUAAUUUAAGCAAGCUACAGACACUGGAUUUGAACAGCAAUUAUUUAUCAUACGAGAGUCCCGACGAGCUACCAAAUCCACCAUUUGUCCAUUUAAGUGAACUGAAAUCGUUGCUUAUUAACAGUCAGCGUGAAGGUUUACAGUACAUGCCUUCAAACUUUCUGAAAGGUCUGAAAAAUUUACAAGUCUUUUUUUCUGGUAAUCUCAAUUUAGAAUACUUGCAUUACGACACAUUUAGUCACACACCCAAUCUUAACAUUUUGGAUUUGUCUAGUAAUAAUUUUGCCGACAGAAACGCCCUAACAGCCAUGCUUUUUCAUCCAAUACCUGGACUGAGUAAACUUACACUAAGCCAAACUCUUCUUCAGACAGUGGACUUCUUAAUCGAAGCGAAUCUCAGCAAUCUUAUGACUCUACAGGCCAACGUGAACGACUUACAGCUGAUAAACCAAACCGUGAUCCAGUCCCUUCCUCAGUUGAAGAUCCUCAAUCUGCAGAACAAUAACUUCGCGUGUGAAUGUAGUAACGCUUGGUUCAUCGACUGGGCCAUCAGAAACAAUGACACUCAGGUGGUUUACCUGAACAGGUACAGAUGUCGUUACCCUCUUUCUUUGAGCGGUUCCACUCUGGACACUUUUGAUAUGGAAUCUUGCAACGUCAAUUACGAAUUCAUCUGCUUCAUCUGCAGCUCUUCUGUCACGAUUUUCACUCUGGUCGUUUCAUUCAUUUACCACUUCCUAAAAUGGCAGAUGGUCUAUGCGUAUUAUCUCUUCUUAGCUUUCAUCAAUGACAGAAAGAGAAGGCAAACCAAAAAUCAACCCCGCUUCCAAUUCGACGCCUUCAUUUCCUAUAACGUUCGAGAGGAGCCCUGGGUUCUGGAGGAGCUCGUACCAAACCUGGAGGGUCAACAUGGUCUGAAACUGUGUAUGCAUCACAGAGAUUUCCAGCCGGGCAAGCCCAUCAUUGACAACAUCGUAGACGGAAUAUACAACAGUCGCAAAACCGUUUGCCUGAUCACACAGAACUAUCUGAAAAGCGUUUGGUGCUCACACGAGAUUCAGUUGGCCAGCUACAGGCUUUUGGAUGAAAAGAAAGACGUUUUGAUUCUAGUUUUCCUCGAGGAUAUUCCCAUACACCAACUUUCCCCAUAUUACAGAAUGCGGAAGCUGGUUAAGAAACGAACUUAUCUGCAGUGGCCCAAACCGGGAACAGAUACGAGACCCUUUUGGCAGAAACUUAUAAUGGCCAUCGAGACUAAAGAGACCAUGGAGGAAGAAACUCAGAUCUUGUCUGGACAAGACAAAGUGGGCAGAGCACGUUACUCAAGGAUAACCACAAAUUGGCAAAGAGGCGGGACGUGGGUGGAUCUAAGGUGACUGGUUGCUGAAACCAUGCCCGCCUAGCUCGACGGUAGAGACAGCAGCGGCAAACCACCUGUCACUCAAGUGGCCACACCCUUAAAGGCGAGGUGCAUGAUUUAAAAAAAAAAAAAACUUUGGAAAAGGGAGUCGGGCUGAGUACCAAAACACACUUGUAGCCAAUCAGCAGUAAGGGUCGUGUCUACUAACCAACAUUGUUGCCUGGGUUGUGUAUGUGUGGGCGGGUCUAUCAAAAGAAGGUCCAGAUUCUAUUGGGGUAGGGGCGUGUUUGUUUAGGUGAUUUCAAAUGUCAACAUUGGCUUUCAGAGAUCAUGCACCCCGCCUUUAAUUACGCAGAACUUUAAGGCUUAAUAUAAUUUUUUUAAAGGGUUACAAAAAAUGUCACCCCCUCAAAGCUGUGCAAAAUUACCUAUAUUAACCAAAACCACUUUUUGUACCAAGCUGUAAACAUAUUUUUGCUGUUUCAAAAAUAUGCAAUUCUACUGUUGAUUGUUUUGGUAACGAUAUUUUAUGCUAUAUAUCAUUUACUUUCCUAGAGAAAUGCUUUUUUAUUAGCAAAUAUUUUUAAUCAUUUAGACAUGUAAUUAUCAUACUAAAAUAAACAGGUAAUACUUAUUCUUCUGAUGUAAUUAAAUCUAAUUCAGGCAAAAAAAAACUAUUUCAGACGUACAGUUUUUUUUAGGCACAAUGUGGUUGCUGUCAUUUUCCUCGUUCCGCUCUACCAUAUUUAUUUUAUGCUUUCUGCUUUGAGCCCUUAGGUUCAACUUUGCGCCCGUGCCAAUUGCAUAGCCAAUUGUAUAACAGCAUAAGACCUACUUGGCGUCUAUUUAUUAAAGCCCCUAAUUUGGACAAUCUAAGCAUGCAAACACACAAAUGAUAUAUAUGCAAAUGCAAAAUAAAGUUAUCGCAACUCUCUGCAAUAUGGAUAUCGCAUAUAC